AUGUCUGCCGCUGCUGCUGCUAAGCCCAGUCUUGCCGGUGUCCGGAACAAACAACGAAAAGGCGUCGCCAAAGCUGCAGCUAAAUUCGAGCCCGAAGAAUUUCGCGAUCAGAUCCUCAAACAUCUCUCGACUUUACCACCCAACGAUCUUGAUGCAGUAGCUGCCAAACUCGACACACUCGGAAACCAACUAGACUACCGUAAAUAUGAAGGCCCCUUGUUCGAGGUCCUCCUCGUCGGUGGUAUCCUCGCUCCCGGUGGAAGCUUUGUCGAUGAUGGUGCAGAAAGAAGCCCGUUUAGUAUACUGACAAGUACCCAAUAUCCAAUCGAUCAAGCCGAUAUGAAGAAACACGUCGAUGUCUUCAACAAGCUCAUCAGAAGAUACAAGUACUUGCAAAAGAUCUUCGAAGAGAACGCUCUCACCGGCUUACUUCAGUACAUCAACAAGUUUGAAGGACCUGACCUCGAGAAGCUGGCCUACUCCUUGGCCUUAUUCAUGUCUACCGCAUUGACGAGCUCAAAUGUCCUCUUAACUUUGCAGAAGGAGCAUUUGGUUAAAGAUGGCGUCUCUUUAAACUUCAUCACCAAAGUUUUUACAGCCUAUUUACAGGUUGAGUCAGCAGACCAUCUCUCGGGAGCUCUUCGUCGGGGUGGGGUCGUGGACAUGUACGGCUUCUUCCCGCCCCACAAACGCGAGCCAUCUGAUUUGGAGGCCCACUUCAAAGCAGCAAAGUUGGACGCGAUCGUCGCGUAUGCCCACAAACAGCGAAGCGGGCAAGUAAGAGACGAGACCUUGGUCAGGCUCCGAGAGAUGGUUGCUUCAGAGGACCCACAGAGCGAGAUCAUCAGCUUCUUGCAAGAGCAAGCACAAAGCGGAUUGAUUCCUGAUGUCGACUUCAUCGCCUUGGUAUGGCACGGCCUGAUGGAUAGACUAGACAUGGGCAGUCGACCGGAUCAGAUUGUCGACAUGGUCGUCAGAGCAGUCGUCGCUGUAGCCCCUGUAUUGGCUGCCUUUUGCAAGAACGCUAGGACUCAAAUCUCGAUGAUUAACACUAUUCAAGUCUGGGCCUACGAGAACACGAAAGUGAUGGGGGCGUUUGCAAAGAUCAUCAAGGAGCUCUACGCGCACGAUGCGCUUAGUGAACAGGCGAUCUUGUACUGGCAUAGCAAGGGCAGCAAGGCCCAGGCCCGCCAACACUUCCUCAAAUCGACUGAGCCCCUGGCUACCCUGCUCCAGCCAUAG